UUAUUCGAAUUCCGUGUCUAUUAUUGCAAAAAAGGGGAAAGGUCAAGCUUCAUGUUUGAUGAACAAACACAAAGCACCUACUGCGGUCUUUUUGAGUGACUUUAUCGUCAAAGGGGAAGUUCUAUUGACAAUAUUAUAUUUCGACAACAAAACGGUCCGUUUCAGACACGAGUUCUUGUAAAAAUAGUUGUUUGGAUCAGCUCUGGGACUACAGUAAAUCUGAAAACAUGGAGUUAAGGAUGUUUCUUCUGUCUUUCGCUGGUCUUUCCAUUUGGCAUCUUCCGAGGAUAUGCAAAGCAUGUAACCCGGAUCAAAUCGAAUUCAGUGGAUCUCGCUAUAUCUUCUGUCAGAAUGCACUAGACUUCUACUCCGCUCAAUCCUCGUGCGAGAACCUUGGCAUGCAUGUGGUCAACAUCGAAUCGCAGGAAGAACAAAAUUUUUUGGUCGAGACGAUCGAAGACGGCGAUGACCCUGAUAGGGAUUACUGGAUAGGUUUAUCUGCAGUGACUUGGCUCGAUGGGACACGUCUUACCUACGACAAUUUUGGUUCGGGAUCAAGGGUUUUCAACGAGGGUGCACGCUGUUUCCGGAUGAUACGACGAUGGAAUGACGACAAUUGCGCUGAGAGAAAACGUUUCUUAUGUGAAGGAGAAGGGGGUGAGUGA